UCAAGCUUAUCAGGAUCAUCCUCAUCUUCAAUACUUGGUGGCAAAAUUAAGAAAAUUAUAUCAAUACAAAAUGGAGAAAGCACAGCUUGUGUUCGUCCUAGCCCCUGCUAUGGGCCACCUUGUAUCGGCAGUGGAAGUAGCAAGGCUUCUUCUUAACCGUCAUGACUUGCUUUCCAUCACUGUCCUUGUCCUCAAUCAUUCUUCUGUCAACUCCGGAGUUCGUAACUACGUUGAGUCGCAAAGAGCUUCCUCUUCCACUAUAUCCAAUAGUCUUCGAUUCAUUGACCUGCCCAAAGACGAGCAUGAAUCAUUUAGUUUCUCUUCUCUCGCUGAGAGACAGAAACCCCAUGUCAAAGAAGCUGUGUUGAAGAUCACUCAGUCCGAGUCAAGCAUCGACUCGCCUCAGCUGGCAGGUUUUGUUAUUGAUAUGUUCUACACGCCAAUGAUAGAUGUGGCCAAUGAAUUUGGUGUUCCGUCUUACAUUUUCUUUACGUCGAGUGCAGCUUCUCUUGGUUUCAUGCUUUAUGUGCAGAAGAUUCAUGAUGAAGAGAAAUUUGAUCCCGCUGAGUUCAAGGACUCAGAUUCUGAGUUACCAGUGCCGAGUCUGGUAAACCCACUUCCUGCUAGGGUUAUGCCUUCAAUGUUGAGCAAAAAGCAGCUUCCUCCUUUACUGGAAAAUGCAAGAAGGUAUGGAGAAGCUAAGGGUAUUAUAGUAAAUACGUUCUUGGAGCUAGAAUCCCAUGCGAUUGAGUCUUUCAAAAUACCUCCUAUUUAUCCUGUAGGACCCAUUUUGGAUGUAAGGUCGGAUGGAAGAAGCAAUCACCAAGAAAUCAUGCAAUGGCUUGAUGAUCAACCUCUGUCAUCAGUUGUAUUCCUAUGCUUUGGGAGUAUGGGAAGUUUUGGUGAGGAUCAAGUGAAAGAGAUAGCCUGCGCAUUAGAGCAUAGUGGUUAUCGAUUCUUGUGGUCCCUACGCCGACCACCGCCUCCGGGUCUCCUGGUAUCUCCCAGUGACUAUGAGGAUCCACAAGAAGUCUUGCCUAAAGGUUUCUUGGAUCGAACAACCAAGAUUGGAAGGGUGAUGGGGUGGGCUCCACAAGUGGCUGUCUUGGCCCAUCCAGCCAUAGGAGGAUUUGUUUCACAUUGUGGAUGGAAUUCUGUGCUAGAAAGCAUAUGGUUUGGUGUCCCAAUUGCCACGUGGCCAAUGUAUGCAGAGCAACAGUUUAAUGCAUUUGAAAUGGUGAUUGAAUUGGGAUUAGCAGUGGAAAUUAAAAUGGAUUAUAGGAAUGACAGUGGAAUAAUUGUGAAUUGCGAUGAAAUAGAGAGAGGCAUAAAAUGUUUGAUGGAGCAUGAUAGUAAGAAAAGAAAGAAGGUGAAGGAGAUGAGUGAGAGGAGUAGAAUGGCCUUAAUGGAUGGUGGAUCUUCACACUUUUAUUUAGGUAAUCUAAUCACAGAUGUGAUGGAUAAUUUAGGAUAAAACAAUUGUAAAAGUACUGCUUCUCUUUGUAAUAUAGAGAAUAAAUCUCAUAUUAUUAUAUGAAUGAUGUAUAUACGUUAGAUGUAUUUAAUAAUAAUUUCUUAUACUUUA